CGUCCUUUGCAAUGGCUCCUCCCUGUUUGGAGCAACACUGAGCCCACGCUGAACAGAAGUACGCGCUCUGGCUGCAGCCACCGCGCCUUUCGAGCUCUAGCUUCUGAUGACUGCGGCAGGAUCUUCGUUACCUAGCUCGUGCCAUGCAUCUUCAGUGCGAUGUUGUGCCGUAUGCAUUGGUAGAUGAUCAGCUCGUGGCCUUCGCCAUGCCCUCCUUGAAGCAGAGGCUUGCGGCAAUGCGAAUCAUUGACAUUACUUCAGUCCGCAUGAACCUCAAUUCUGCACUGAUUGGUGUGCCACUUGAGCUUGAGCAGUCCCCGCCAUCGCUCAGCGCACGUUCGCCGGCUCAGCGGUUGAGGUGGCUCGGAGCCUGCCACGUAUUCAAUACCAAUGUCUUGGAGAAAGCGCACUACUUAAUGACCAUCCGUGUGCACAUACUGGUUUGCAACUGUGGUGAGGAAACGCGGCAUGCGGCGUGAGACGGUAUAUCCCGUUAAGCUAAGGUCAUCUUUCGUGCAUUAAUGAACACUUACUUGCAGACUUUCGCGUCUAAUACUGUCCCAUCUUUUCGUUGUCAGCUCUGGCCGCUACCAAGAGACGAGGGAUAUUACCUGCGGCCGGCAUUCUCACAACCUCGAUAAGCAUUGCAAAUGAGUACGCGUCGCAAAGAUUCAGGACGAGUGACGGCGCCAAAGGAUGCUGUAGCCGAUAGCGAGCCAGUGAAGGAACAACCAGCCUGUGAUGAGGUUUAGUAAAGUGGGAGGAAGCCAUGACUGGGAGGAAGCUGGCGAAGCUUUGGUCUUGGCCUGGAACAGCUUCCCAACACCAUCUAGCGGCUGAAAGUGCAUGUAGCGGGAUCAGUAGCAUGUCUUCCUCCCUUCUUACAAUAAUAUUGAAAUCCUCGCAAAAAGGAUGAAGUAC